AUGAUACAUAGAAUUAAAAAAGUGUAUUUCAGUAGUGAUAUCAAUAUAUCAAAUUUAUUAAGGAAAAAAGCAAUUUUAUUUGAAAAUGUAAAAAGAGAAAAUUGUAAAAUAGAUUUGAUUUUAAAAUAUUUUGAAUUGAAAGGAUUACAUAUAAAAAAAAAUGAAGUACAUAUUAUGACUAAUAUCUUACAUAGACCAACUGGAAGAAUAAUGAUUUUAAUUGAUAAUAUAAAAAAGCAAAAUUUUAACUUUAAUUUUGAUAAUUUUGAAAAAAAUGAAGAUAACAAGAAUGAUGAUAAACAAAUAGAGAAUUAUAAUAACGGUAAAAAUAGUAACAUCACUGAAAACAGUAGAAAUGAUAAUAAAUUAUUAUGUGACAAUAACCAUGAAAGCAAAAAAGCGUUUAACGAAAUAAAUGACAUAGUUAUAAAUAAGAAAUAUCAUUCCAAUUUAAAAAAUUUAUUUUCAGAUUGUAAAAUUCACUUGUGUGAUAAUUAUGAAAUUGAAAAGUUUGUUGAAGAAUGUGAAAGAUUAUUAAGAUUUACUGAAGAUAUUAAAAGAAUAUCAAAAUUUGAAAACUUAGAUAAAAUAGUUACUAUAAUAAAUAUACCUAGCUGUUAUGGCAGAAAAGAAUUAUCAGAAAUUAUUUAUGAAUGUGCUAAUAUUAAAGUGAAAUUAAAAAAUAUAAUAUUUAGAUUUAAAAAAAAUGGAAACCAAAGUGAUUGUGCUUAUGUAUUAUGUAAUAAUAUAAAUGAAGCAAAUAUUCUGAUAAAUAAAAUGCAGGAAUAUCCUGUUGCAAAAAAAUAUCAUUUAAAGGAAUUUUACGGUACAGCUUUUUUAUAUGCAUCAAAAAGUAAUUUAUUUAUUAGUUCAGAAAAAUUAGAUUAUUUAACUAUUUUUUCAAAGUAUAAAAUAUUUACAUGUGGUUGGCAUAAAGAUAUAUCAAUAAAAGAAUUCGAAAAUUUUUUAAUAACUCUAAAAAUAUUUCCUUGCAAAAUUAUAAAAAUUAAUUAUAACAUUAAAGAAAGUGAAGAAGAUAUAACAAGAAAUAAUGGUGAUGAAAAAAAUGAAAAAGAUAAUAAUAAAUAUGAAUUAAGUGAAAUAAACCCUAAUCACAUAACCAUUAAUAUUGAUGAGUUAUCAACCAUAAGCAAUAAUCAUAGUUCAUUAAAUGAACGAAAUGAUUUAAAUACUUCAUCUUUUAUUUUAUUUUUUGAGAAUAUGAGAAUGACUAAAAAGGUGUUUACCAAAUUAGAAAGACUUAAAAAAAAAUGGAAAAUAUCUGCAUCUAGUAAUUUCUAUGCAUACCCUAAAAUACCCGAUAUUCAUUUUAAUGAUGAUAAUAAUUACGCUGAUGAAAAUGAAUAUGAAGAUUCUGAUUUAGAUGAAGAAAUAGAAUAUUAA